AUGUCGGCUUUGCCUCUGCUGCUGCUCUGGGUCAUCCUCCUCCAAUGGGCGCUCGGCGGGGGCUUCGUCCAGGGGGGCAGGACCUGGCAGCACUGCACAGACCUGCGGCCUCUGGACAUCCUCUCGGAAGUGGCCCCGGGCGGCGGGCUGGCCCGUGGCAUCCGAGUGUUCCAAGCCCAGGGGCUGCGCGGUUUCCAGCUCGCCGCCUCCCGGCCCCGCUCCCUGGGCUUCCCGGCAUCCCGGCUCUUCAUCCACUGCGACCGCUUCCCGGAGGAGUUCUCCAUCAUCGUCACCCUGCGGGUUCUCAGCGUCUCCCCCAAGAGAAACGAAUACAUCUUCACCCUGAUGGCGGAGGAGAGCCCCAGGCUGCUGCUGGGGCUGCGCUACGCCCCCGGCAAACUCCACUUCCUCUUCUGGAGCCGGGAGCGAGCCGGCAGCUGGCAGACCCGUGUCACCUUCCCAAACGUCUCCCUCUCUGACAACCAGUGGCACACGCUCGUCCUGGCUGUCUCCGGACAGUCCUUCUCCCUGACGGUGGAUUGCAGCAUCCCCAAGGACGUGGUGGUGGAGACCCCAUUUCCAGCCUCUCUGUCGGUGAAGAGGGCCAGCUUCUACCUGGGCAACAGGAGGAGAAGGAAAGGGGUGUUCACGGGCUUGCUGAGGCAGCUGGUCCUGCUGCCCGGGGCUGAUGCCACCCCUCUGAUAUGCACCACCCUCAACUUCAGAGUGGCGACUCUCUCCGUCCCUCCCGUCCUCCAGGACCAAUCUGUGAAGCCUGCGAGCAACGAGGUGCUAACCCCCCCUAUGGUCAAGACCGACACGAAGGUGACCCUUGGGACCCGUCCACCCUGCACCAAGCAGGAGAAGGCACAGUUGUGGUUCAAUGCCUCCUGGAGGGGGCUGUACCUCUGCAAUGGCAGUGUCUGGAUCUCCAUGCUGGAAGUCAAACAAAGGCUCGACUACGUGGAAGAGUACCAGAACCUGGUGACUAACUCUGAGACCAUGGGCAUUGAGGUCUUCACCAUCCCCAAGGUGGGGCUGUUUGCAGCCACUGCCAGCAGGUACAGCCCUCCUGGCUCAGCCAUCUAUAAGUGGACAGAUGGGAAGUUUGUGCCCUACCAGAACAUCCCCACCUACCAAGCUCAGUCCUGGAAGUAUUUCACCAUAGGGAAGAAGAUCUUCCUAGCGGUGGCCAACUUUGAGCAGAAUGAGAGAGGCCAGGAGUUCUCUGUAAUAUACAAGUGGAGCCGCAGGAAAGAGAAAUUCAUCACCUACCAGAGGAUCACCACGCACAGUGCCAGGGACUGGGAGGCAUUUGUCAUCGAGGGGGAGGCUUUCCUUGCAGUGGUCAACCACAGAGAAGGGAACAACCACAACAUAGACAGUGUCAUAUACAGGUGGAACCCCAGGACAGGCUUGUUUGAAACCAACCAGACCAUCCCUACCUCUGGAGCCUAUGACUGGGAGUUUUUCACCAUCGGGCCAUACUCCUUCCUGGUGGUGGCUAACACCUUCAAUGGCACCUCCACCAACAUCUACUCACACAUCUACAUCUGGCUCAGUGGCUCUUUCCAGCUUUUCCAGUCAAUCCUGACUUUUGGUGCUGCUGACUGGGAGGUGUUUCAUAUUGGGGACAGAGUCUUCCUGGCUGUUGCAAACAGCCACAGCUACGACAGUGUGAUGCCAGCACCCUCCAACCUCUACGCCAUCAAUUCCUCCAUCUAUGAGCUGAACAUCACUGCCCAGAUGUUUGUCAAAUUCCAGGACCUCCUCACCUACAGUGCUUUGGACUGGGAAUUCUUCUCAGUGGGAGAUGACUCUUUUCUGGUGGUAGCAAAUUCCUUUGAUGGCUUCACCUUCUCUGUUAACAGCAUCAUCUACAGGUGGCAAGGCUAUGAAGGCUUCGUGGCAGCUCACCACCUCCCCACCCUCGGCUGCCGGGACUGGGAGGCAUUUCACACCCCUGAGGGCUCCUACCUCCUCUACUCCAGUGCCAAGGAGCCCCUUUCCAAGGUCCUCAAGCUGAAAACCACCUGAGGUGCCCGAGACACGUUCAGCUCCUUGCCAGGAUGGAGAGGGGAGCUGGGAACUGAGGUGAAGAAUGG